AUGGCCGAGCACGCUGCAGCGGUGUGGAGAAAUGACGCCAGAUCUCAAGUUGCGACUCAUUCGACGAGAUCCAGCCACACAUUCAAAUUCGACGAGGCCGAAAUUCUCGCAAGAAGUGACAACCGCGUGAGCCGCGAUCUGCUUGAGUCAUGGUUCACUGGCCACCAGUCCAUCAACAAGUGCAACGACCUCUCCAUUCCAUACGAGGUGCUGAGACUUCGCCUAGACGAAGUAAUAUUUCACGCAAGGAGCGCACAGGUGAACCCUGUUCCCGACGCCAGGGUCGGUGGGUCAGAUGGUCGAGUAAUCGUCACACCAACAUCCAACACACGUGAUGAAAUUGCAGCAAUUAUCCACUCGAAUGUCGGCCAUCAAACAGUCAUCACACCACUUGCAACGAUCCCUGAUGAAGGAGGGAGCUGUGAAUAUUCAUAGGUAUGCGGUAGUAUGGCGACUGCAUCCUAUAAAUACUGCAACCCCUUGUGCAUGAUCUACCCGUAUCUGCUUUUGUCACUGAUGAUGGGUUCGGGCAGGAAUCCGAAACGUCAGGCUAAUAAAGUUCUUGUUCCAGCGAUCGUGUCUCCUUCUUUAAUAAUUUCAUUGUAAAGUCAGUCACCGUGCAGCAUAAUCCCAUAGUAAUUCAGUUACUUCAGGAGGCCGGCGUUUGAACGAUUUUUUUUCCGGCCGCAUGUAAAGACAAAACUCUGCAAGGAAUGGCUACUUAAAUAGCAUGAAUUUUCCCUUAAUUUUCGAUGUCCUAAUAAACUUAAAUUUAUUUCAUAGAAAAAAUGCACAAAAAUAUUAUUUCUUCCAUUUAUUUGAUAUAAAACUAGAUUUUAUUAAAAUUUUACACUUGAAGGAAGGGUAUAAUUCGGUUUCAAAAGUGUUUCUAAUUAUUAGGUUUUUUAAGUACAUAAAAUGUACCAAUAAAAUGUCGCAUCUCUGGAUUUACUAAUGUUUCUUGUAAAGUUUGCAUUAUGGCUUAGAUUUACUGCCAAAUUUUAUGAACUCCAUAUGGCCUCCUCUUAAUACCGUAGAGAAAUGUAUGCCUCUCCGUACACCGAAAAUGUACAACUUGUAGUUUGGAAACCCUGAAUGCAAGUGCAACGACAGGUCGGGCUCAAAAUUAUUCGGGAACUGGAAAAGUCUUUAAAACCCAAUUUUACCCUUCCUUCAAGUCUAAAAUUUAAAGAAGAUGUACUUUUCUAUCAAAUGCGGGAAAGAAACAAUAUUCUAUGCAUGUGUUCUAUGAAAUAUAUUUGAAUUUACGAAGUGGACCGAAAAUCAACAAAAAAUGCAUGCUAAUUAAGUAGUCAUUCCUUGCAAACUGUGGUUUUCUCAUGCUACCGGAAAUAAAUUCAUUCAAAAGCCGACAUCCUAAGGUAACUGAAUUAUCAUGGGAUUAUGUUGCAUGGUGAUUGAUAUUACAAGCCUAUUUCAGUAAUCCUUUCGAUUCGAAAGCGCAUUUUAGAAUUUCGGUGAACAUUUCAUGAGUUAGCACAUCUACUGCAGUAAUGCACUAAAAUGAAGUGAGUUUGGAUGUCUCAAGGACGGCCUCACUCCCUUUUCCCUUUCCACCCAUUGGUCCGUUAUCCUAUCCGGCCUCUCAUUCGGCGCUGGGUUAAUGGAUGCAGUAAUUACCUAAGUUUACUCUGACAGUAAUUUAAUUCAAUCGUCUUCAUUAAAAUGUAAAGCACGUGAACGUUGAUGUAAACAGACAGUGAAGUGUAAAUCACUCCGCUUUGGCUUUUUGAGACGUGUAUAGACGCCACAUCACCCCGACAGACGCAAACUGUACUGUUCCAUGCGUGUAGAGUCUUUUGCGAAACCGGGCGACUGCGUUUAAAACAUCUAACAAGACAGUGACUUCGCCUUCGAUGUGCAAAUAAUCGAGUACCGAGAUCGACGAAAAUAUAAUCCCCAUAGUCUCUAUGUAGUACAUUUCUUCAGAACCACUGGUAGAGUGACCCGGUUUAUGCAAAUACUGAUCGCACAAUGCACGAAAUCCUUUUACGUCCGCGUACACACGGAAACUGAUUAUGCACGAAAACACAUUGCUUGCCUGCAUACUCGCAGCGUCAAAUCCAUGUCAGUUUGCUCAUACGAAGGCGAGGACGCAGUCUCCUGGCGCAGCCCCAAUCAUGCCACGCGAAUCGUCCACACCACGUUAAAGGGGUUUUAUUUGCAAGUGUCUGAAUGAACUUUUCCUCGCCUCCAUUCCUCCGUCAGUUUUUUCAUCUCGGUGGCACUUAGACAUGGCCGGAUUAAAAAUGGCGCUUUUUCAUUCGGAAAUUUUAGGCAUUUUUUCUCCGUUACAAGUGAGGCAGGCAUGCAAAGCAGAAUUAACUGUUACCAGCAAAUUGCGCGACGGCUCAUCAGCUGCGUUCUGUCGUUUCAUAAUAUGACUGACGAGUGAGAAGGAUAAAACAGUUUGAAUUCGUGCAGAAAAUCACCGCAAAACAACAAGGGCAUGGCUUGAAGUGAUGCAAGCUAGUCGAUAAAUUUAGUAAAUUAAACACAAUAUGAGAUGGCUAGUGAGAUAACGUUGAAGAGUAAAAAGGAAGAGGGAAGUGUGAAAACCAAGGAGUUAGAGAUUACCACGGGAAAUUUAAGCUGACCACAGCCAACAAUGACGGAACAUUCACCUCCAAAAAAGCCAAUUUUUUAAUAUCUUUGCUCUUGAAAGAGGACAAUAUGUUUAAAACAUUCGAAUGACGACUACGUUGUACCAUUGAAAGGACAUACAAUGCGACCGAACUCAUAUUAUACAGUUCUGUUAAACCCCUUCCGAUUCUACAGGCGACGGAUACCUUGCCAAUGCAAGCCACUUCAAAUUGUGUUUAGGAAUUCACAUGCCCAUACUGAUGCAAGUACGUUGGACGAACACAAAGCCAGUUGGCAGCCAGGUCUAUUGAGCACCUGCCCAAAUGACUUCUAGAGCAAGAAAACAUGAUCCCGCGUUCCUCCACUACUAAACACUUUUUUGAUAGUGAUCACUCCGUCCACCCUAAACAUCCUUCUGAGUAUUUAUUCGGACACGAAUAAAUCGCACCUUGCGUUACUCGGAAGCGGCCUAAAUACUUCGAGUAAAACCAGACCUAUGUAAACAACCGAAAUACGUGGUCAGCCUAACGUUGCCGUGGUAAUCUCUAGCUCCUUGAUUUUCACAUUCCCCUUUUCCUUCUUUCCAUACUGUGCUCACGUUACUAAUUUUACUGAUUAGCUGGCAUUACCCAAGCUCAUGACUUUGCUGUUUUGCAUAGAUUUUCUGGACGACUUCAAACUGCCGUAUUCUUCUCACUCGUUAUUUGUGUUACGAAACGACUGGACGCAGCUGACGUGCCGUCACACUAUUUGUUGGUACCAAUGAAUCCUGAUUUGACUGUUUUUUCAACUUUUCCAUUCAGUACCAAGAGUUGAAUGAAGUAAUUGGAUGCAAUUUUUUCAAGGCAAUAAGCGCGGCAAAACCGUGGACAAGCAGAUAUUACCUGCAACCGGGCUUCAAAUCCAAAUGUUUGCGUUUUAAAUCAGUUAGCGCAUCAUUUCUAGACGUGCAAUAAGUAGUUAGCGGAAAAGUGGUCACUUAUGCACCCAGAAAGACGCCAGUAGAGAUUCAGCGAGGACGACAGGUUAACUAUAGACCUUAAAUAAAUAAGUAAAUAACACCGUCUCUUAUAUCCCACCUACUCUGGGGCUUGAUACGAGGGGUCGCGCUGGUUUCUCGACUCUAAUAGGCAACUUUUGGGCUUAAUCGGUCUCCGAUAGACUAAUAAAUGUGAUAAAAUGUUUGUAACUGUAAUUGUAAUUGCUCGUUAGGGGAGAACGAGCCAACAGUCUGUAUGGACAGAUGGACGGAGUGGUUAUGGACACACCAGUUGACCCGCUUUUGAUGACUAUAAUCACGGACAUGCUGGGAGCUUUCCAGCUCCGUUACGAAAGUAACAGUCAAAAAUACUUCGGGCGCCUCUUAAAUGAUGUAUUCGCCAUUACACCGGAACAAAAUGACAUCGUAGUUCUAUUGAGUGAUAUAGAUCAGGCGGACCCCUCAAUCAGAUUUGCAUUGGAAGAAUAACAGCCUGGUUUCCUUCCCCCACUGUAGGCGCAUUUGAAUAGAACAGUCUUCUUACGUCUAUCGUAAGAAGACGUGGUUCGAGAAAUGCACCAAUUUUUGGAAUUUCUCACUGCUAAACUUGAAAUGUAGUCUUAUCCGCUAUUUGGCACAUAAAGUGAGGAGGAUCUGCUCAGCUGACAGCAAGGAGAGAGGACUUAAGACUGUCAGAAGUCUCUUUCACCAGAAUGGGUACCCUGAUCGAUUCAAUGUCAGAAACAUGGUCAAAAGACCACCAAAGUCCACGAUGCUGACGGCAGCAAAGGAAAGGCUUUUCAUCUAGGUCCCAUUUCAAGGGAAUGUAGGGACAUUUAUGUCCGCCUUGUUUUAAUCUGUUACAAUAUGUUUUAUAAAAAGAACUUGACAAAACUUCGAAUGAGACGACGAACUAGCACGUGCAUUUUUACCUGCUGACGACUUUGUUCAUAUUUACUAGUUUGUAACAGUUGGGAUACUGCUAUCUUCAUUUCCCGGAUAGCCAACUCACUGUGACCAACUAAUGGGCUUAUCACUUACAGGGACUCGGCAAGUGAACUUUUAAGAAGGCGCCUAACUCAAGCUGUAUCAAGCACCUUUCCAGCAGCUGGCUUCCGUUUACUGUUCUCCAGUAGUCCCAUUCUAAGAGGAGGUGGUAUGAAAAAAAUACCAGCCCAGACCACCUCUAUUUACUUCUCCACCUGCUGCAGUGGAACUGAAUAUAUUGGCCGCACGAGUCGGCGUCUGUCCUAAGAAGUGAAAGAACUUCUCCUGGUAUGGUUAGGAAAGGAUCAGCUAAAGAACAUGAAUAGCUUUUAUCUCGAGCACAUGGUAGACAUAGACCACCGUGUAGAUGUCAGAGAGCUCUUCGGAGUGAUUUACAAGUUCCCAUCAACGUAUCCAAUACUACUUGUGUAGCGACUAUUGGCUACGGCAGAGGCGGCUGCAGUCAGGGGGCGGAUCGUGUUUCGUAGCCGUACCUGCAGUAGAUAAGUCCCAGCCAAACCCUUAACCCUAACCCCUAACAGGCACGACUACGAAAUAAGAUCUUGUCCAAUCAGAUUACGCAAAGCAGUCCUAUGCACACAGAAGAACUUCAUACAGACCCAGCAGUUGCCAUAGGUUAAAGGCAACAGGCCAGCAAUCCACCCAUAUUCACCCUUCCCUCCGGCCACUAUCGCCCUGAUUCCGACUAGAAGUUUGGUGUUUCAGCCUACAAACCCGAACUGCCGCAUAAUCAUCUACUUCCCGCGGCGCCGAUAAAAUCUGAUUGUGAAGUCAUACAUAAUGAACAUAAUACUAUUGAGCUACUGAUUGGCUCUGAGUAGGCGUAAUUACGUUAUCUUGAUGUUUGUCGUUUUCUUCUAACCUUCGAGUUGCCUGGGUUAGGGGUUUGGUGGUUAGGGGUUAGGAUUAGGGCCUGGAGUUAGGGUUCGGGUUGUGGGUUAGUGUUAGGGGUUAGUUCUACGUUUACGACUUGGGUUAAACUGAGGGCAGCCCCAACCCUCACUCUGUCCCUAAGCCUCUCCCUCAUACUAACUCAAACCCUAGGACUAAUCAUACCUCUAAGCCCGACCACAACAAUGCCCCUUUCCUUUUCGGAAAUUUGCAGUUGUGCUAUUUCAGCAUAAUCUCGCCUACCCAAAACGAAUCAGCAGUUUUAGAGUUGCGAAGAUUCCCAGUGAAAAAUUCAAAGGGCAAUUUGGUGAGCAUACGUCUGCUUUCGAUAAAUUCUCUCCAGGCCUACACAUUUAUUGAAGUAGUUCAGUAGUAUACAUUUCAUCAGGUGUCGCUGCACACCAUGCCGAAUGACGUUGACCUUGUCUUGUCCAUUUCGAUUGGCUGGUUGGAUCUUUACCGUAUUUGCAUCAUUGGCGCUUCAGUUUCAGCUCAUUCAUAGUUUUAUUUGCAUUCUUCAUUAACUCAUUUUUCACAGCAAUUUUACCGACGAGUGCGAUUGCGUCAUCCAUAAAUUCGCCUUUACCACCAUUCCCGUAUUACAGGCCGUCGGGGUUUAGCCAUUUCUAGGACGGUCGUAAGAUCAGAUCCAACCCUCGCGCCUUUUAUCCAUUAUUUCAAUAACAGUACAAAUGUACAGGCCUUAAGAGAAUUUAUCGAAAGCCUUGGAAAACGGACCUCAUAAAGUUGUGCUGGCCAGCAGCGACCAAACCAGUCUCAUACUUUCCAGGUGGUUCAAGAUUGAAGGCUCCAACCCCGGUGUUUUUUUGUUAAUCGGACUACUCGCCAGCGGAGCGUCUGACAAGUCGUCAACUAUUUCUGGAGCCGAGGAAGCGGCUAAACGAAGGGGAGGACAAUUUAUUUAUAUAAAACAACCAAGAAAGACGGCGUCCAUCAUUCCUUCUUUGGACAGUUCCGGUCGAAUGACCGCGCAGCCGGCGUAUUAAGUGAAGGCGUUAACCGCAAUGUAACGACAUCUCUCGUCAACCGAAAACCAAAACUUAUGUACACCAGCGCACAGAGUUUGUUAUCAAAUUUCCACGAGCUAAGAAAUCUCAUCUGUGAUCUAUCCCCUGACGUAAUCUCUUUAACAGAAACCUGUUCAACCUUAUACCCGGACAACUGUGAGUUAACCUUGCCUGGCUACCAGCAUGGAAGGACGCCAGGGAAGAAGAGUACUCUGACAAAACCGAUAAAUUUUCAAGUACCUCCGAGGCAAUCUGGCUGUCUAUUAAACUGCCGGGCUCACCGAGCCUCGAUGUCCUGACAGUCUAUCGACCGUUGAGAUGGGACCACAUUGCUGGCGCUCUCCUGCUGGAGGAGCUCGCAAAGUUUGCUACACGACCGGAUAUCCAAAUCAUGGGCGACUUUGACGCGCUUCACAUUGACCGGAGCUCGGCCCACGCAAUUAGCUCAGAACAGACCUUCGAUGUUAGCCUUGUGAACACGACGCUGAAGUUAUUCCUCACUCCGCACGUCAUGUUUCCAACUGGAGUACGCGAAGGCCAGCAGGUCAACUGCCUUGAUCAUGUCCUCACGAAAUCACAGGACAGCACUGGUGAGAUGUCAUGUCUGCCCUCCCUAGGUAAAAGUGACCAAGCCGUCCUAUUAUGGGAUUGUCCGUUCUUUUCCAUGCCCGAGAAGCAUUUAGCGUGGGGAUUUCGACCAAAUAAGGGCUGAAAUUACACGCAUUGAGUGGCGAUCCGUAUUUGCUGGAGAUGUACUGGAAAAUUGGCAACGGUUCCAAGAAGUACCGCACAAGAUCAUCGCAAAGCAUUCGCCGCUUUCACGAAAGGGAUUAGCAAACAGACUUCGAUGACUUAUGCAAGUCUUAAAAAAUGGAGUGGAUAAAAAGCGAAUGGUCUUGAAAAAUUCACUUACUGACAGGAGCGCCAUAUCCAUAGGUGCGUACAAAAUCCAAAGAAAUCGUGUCUUGGGACUUAUUGUCAGAAUAAGAAGGGAAUUCGAAAUGGAUCUGGUUAACCGUGCCGCGGAAAACCUAAAAUUGGUUUACGGUUACAUUACAUAGAGCACGAGCAACAAGGACCCAAUUCAAUUUCUAAGGACAGCUGAGGGCGAAAAUCUCACCGAAGGUCGAGCGAAAGCUGAUCAUCUUUUAAAAUUUUUCCGGUCUGUUUUUAGUAGGGAAGCUGGAUUCAACCCUCCCACGAGUGACUUCGAAGAGGCCACAGUAACUGAGACCGCUCAGUUCACCGAGACCCUGGUUAUGAAGGAACGGAUGAAGCUAAAGGAAUCAUUAUCACCAGGUCACGGUGAGAUUCGAGUCGAGAUUUUGAAGGAAUUCGCCGGUGAGUCGGCAAAACCACUCGUUCGAGGCCUGAUGCCUGUCAGCCGACUGGAAAUCAGAGUGGAUUAUGCCGCUGUAUAA